AUGGGCGGUGCUGUGAGUGCUGGAGAGGACAACGAUGAGCUGAUCGAUAAUCUGAAGGAAGCGCAGUAUAUCCGGACGGAACUGGUAGAGCCUUUCCGAGCUAUCGAUCGUGCAGAUUAUUAUCUUGAAGAGUUUAAAGAAAAUGCCUACAAGGACUUGGCAUGGAAACAUUGGAACAUUCACCUCGCUCCGUGCAUCUACUCAGAGGUGAUGGAGGCCCUGGAUCUGCAGCCCGGGCUCUCGUUUCUGAACCUGGGUAGUGGCACUGGCUACCUCAGCUCCAUGGUGGGCCUCAUUUUAGGUCCUUUUGGUGUGAACCAUGGGGUGGAACUUCAUUCAGACGUUAUAGAGUAUGCAAAGCAGAAACUGGACUUCUUCAUCAGAACGAGUGAUAGCUUCGACAAGUUCGACUUCUGCGAGCCCUCCUUUGUUACUGGCAAUUGCCUGGAGAUUUCCCCAGAUUGUUCUCAGUACGAUCGUGUGUACUGUGGGGCUGGCGUGCAGAAGGAGCAUGAAGAGUACAUGAAGAGUCUUCUCAAGGUUGGAGGAAUUCUGGUCAUGCCCCUGGAAGAGAAGUUGACCAAGAUAACACGCAUAGGCCCUUCUGCUUGGGAAAAAAAGAUUCUGGCUGUUUCCUUCGCUCCUCUGGUCCAGCCCUGCCACUCGGAGUCAGGAAAGUCCAGACUUGUCCAGCUACCGCCACUGGCUGUUCGCAGCCUGCAGGACUUGGCCCGCAUCGCCAUCCGGGGCACCAUCAAGAAGGUCAUUCAUCAGGAAGCGGCUAGCAGAAGCGGAAGGGGACUGAAGAACACGCCUCGGUGUAAACGAAGGAGGGUCCGCCGCCGUAGAAUGGAAACAAUCGUAUUUUUGGACAAAGAGGUCUUUGCCAGUCGUAUUUCCAACCCCUCUGAUGACAACAGUUGUGAAGACUUGGAAGAAGAGCGGCGGGAAGAAGAGAAGACCCUGCCGGAAACCAAGCCGGACCCCCCGGUGAACUUCCUACGCCAGAAAGUCCUGAGCCUCCCUCUGCCAGACCCCCUGAAAUACUACCUGCUUUAUUACAGAGAAAAAUAAACUUCUGUUUGAAGGGGGAAGCGAGGAAGAGCCGACCGGAGUCGAUUGUGCUGCCCGAGGUGUCUCCUGGGAGCAGAUGCCUGGGAAAGGACUGCUGUGCUCAUCCAUGUCGUAGUUUUCUUUUUCUUUGUGUCUCUGAAGUUCUGAUUCAAUGCUGUGAUUUCUUUAACAUGAUCUGACAGGACGUAUGCUGCAUAGAAGAGUGUUUUCCUCAAGUUGGGAGGCGUGGUCCAGCUCUGCUGAAACCCUAACCUGCAGCAGAGAUGGUUCUGUGACUAUCGCCCAGGGCAGGUCCACGCACACACCUCAAGGUGCCCAGAAGCAGACACCGCCUAUGGGAGGUGAAGCUCAACUGUAAAUACAUGAAAUCUUUUCUUGGUGUGAUGCACCACUGCCCAGGUUUGAAUUUUAUGGUAUUGGCCUCUUAAUUACUGGCACUGAGUCCCACUGAACUUUAGUUUUCUAGAGGGGAGACAUUGAAACACCCUCCCUCAUUUUAAUCACCUUAAUUAAAUCUCAUGUGAGUUGUCAACUGUGAUUUUUGGAAGGAAAAAUUGUGUGUGGGGGAGGAGGAAUAAAAACAUCAGGCUGCCAGAUGUCUUUCAGAAAUUUCAAAAGACUUCUAAGCAGUCUUUUCCUGAACCUUUUGCUACCUAAAUUGUAAAGAACCACUGUCACGUGAUUUCCUGAAGCACACCCUGAAAACAAAGCAAACUCUUUAUUUACAUGUGUAAGUAAUACACCAGUCGCUUCUGCCCUGCCUUAGGGAUGACGGCUUACCUCACUUUAGAGACCAUAAGAGGUUUCAGGGUGUUGGCUUGCCCAGUCCUCAGCAGGUGGAAAGCAGACGAGGGAGCGUGGUCGAUGGCCUGUGCAGUUCAGCUUCAGUCUGCUCGCUAGCUCUCUCUGAUCACAUUAGAGUAUUGAUUCAUAGAUUUAUCUUUUAUAAUUCCAGAGAAAAAGAGAUUUGUUAGUUUUGUAAAUUUUCUUAACAGAUGUAUGUAUUUUGGUAGCUCCAUUGGGUUAGAACAGUUUAGCUCAGUGAUUUGUGAGAUCCACCUUCUCUAGGCCUUGUGUUUUGAGCGCUUUCUAUCAAGUUGUGGGUCUAGCAGUCAGAGGGCAAAAUGAUUUGAAGUUACUGAUUCCAUUGCUGAUUCCAAAACAUUGGCUCUUGUUAAAGAAUUUUUUUUUUUUUUAAUCCAAAGAAGAGACUAGUGUAAACUGUUAAUAAUGAGCGCAUGUGCUGACGUAGAGUCGAGUGCCCACGUGUUGGUUUGCCUUCCUGGGCGUGAGCUGACUCACAGGGCAGCCUUCGCUGUUUCUGUGGGUGUUGCAGCUUGACUGGUUAUUUUGGAUCUUUCCUGCUUUUGAUUUUUACCACAAUACAGUCUGCAUGCGUAGCUGGGAAAACAUAUAUUGCCCUAGAUUGGUAAAUAUACACUAGUUAAGGAAAGUUAGUUCAUAGUUUUUACCUGCCUUUAAACUCAAAACCAGGCUUGUUUGUUUCAGAGAGAAAUGCAUGAUUUAAGUUUACUUGCUGAUACUUUGUAGUUUGCAGAUCCUGUUGACAUUAUUCUCAUUGAUGUAUAGACUUCUGUGUUACAUGGAAAUCUUGGAUAUAAUAUUAAAUGAAUGAUACCUGUCAAGUGUUACAUUAGGUGACUUGGCUGAUUUUUUUCCCCCUAUAAUUAUAUAUGGAGUGCAUUAUUUUAAAGCCACAUUUGCCUUUUUUGCUAGAUUAUAAAAACGACUAUAAUACGUAAGACAUGUUUCCCCUCUAUAUGUUAAACUUUUUCUAGCAUUUUCUAUUUACAUGUUGUCGGUUUGUGAUUUUUAAACCAGAAUUCAAUUAAAAAUAUAGUUGUAACAUAUGUGAGAAAUAGGUUGGUGUAAAGGAAAAUUGUAAGUAAGUUUUCUUAAGCACCUUACACAGAAUUCAGCCCCACACACUUUGUUUCAGAGGUACCGUCCUGUGGCUGUGCUCAGCCAGGUGGUGCCAUCACGUCCUGAUGGCCCUUUACUGUUAAGGUGUGUGUUUUCACGUUAUCUUGAAAAGUGGUAAAAGCCAUAGAUCUGUGCACAAGUACGUAAUACGAGAGUCAGCAUGUAUGUAAAGAUCCUUUCUCCAGCCUGGAACUUAUGAGGAAAAAUCUAAGAAAUCUGAAACAUCGAUUUUAAUGAGCUGACAUACAUGAAUAAAAACAGUGAAUAAUAAAGGUAGUUAUGAUGUUUUACUCUCA